UGGUGCGAGGCGGGCCCCGGUUAUUGUCCGGACUCCGGCGGCGGCGGUGGCGGCGGCGGUGGUCGGUGCUGCGCGAGCGGUGGCGGCGGUGGCUCGGCGGGACCGAGGGCGGGAGCGGCCGAGACCAUGGCUGGAGGCAAAGCUGGAAAGGACAGUGGGAAGGCCAAGGCUAAGGCAGUGUCUCGCUCACAGAGAGCCGGGUUACAGUUUCCUGUGGGCCGCAUCCACAGACAUUUGAAGACUCGUACCACAAGUCACGGAAGGGUCGGUGCCACUGCUGCAGUGUACAGUGCCGCAAUUCUGGAGUACCUCACUGCUGAGGUGUGAUCCCUCACAUCCACAAGUCUCUGAUUGGAAAGAAGGGACAGCAGAAAACUGCUUAGAGAGUUGUUCUAACCAACCUUCUUCCUCCCCGUCAUUGUACUGUAACUGGGACAGAAGAAAUAAUGGGGAUAUGUGGAAUUUUUAAAACAGUUAAGUGGAAAAGCAUAGACAAUUACUGUAGAUAUGAAAAAGAAACAUUUGUAUGUUCUUAGACUCGAAGUUUGAUAAAAAUAUCUUUUCAUGUGGCAACAGUUGUGUGUUGAUUGGCUAGGUUUCUCCCAUGUGUUUUAUACAAAAAUGGAAUUGAUAAACCAUUUUUUAAAAAAGUAAUUUGUCUCUAAACCGUUCUGUUUGUGCUGUGUUGAAAAUAUUUUGCUCAUACUUCAAAAUUUUUUAAAUUUCAAAUUGGUUAUAUAUUCAGAAAAAUCUUAAAACAGAAAUUGGGAAUCUACUUCGAUCAUAAUUGAUACCAUAUUAUAUUGAAUCUUGGCUGCUACCUGUUAGUAGUAGGCACCAAUUAUUUUACAUACCACUAAAGAAAAAAACUGCCAAUUAAACCAUAAUAUGCCAUCAAUUAUGAGAUGCAUCCCAAUUUCAGAGAUGUUAGAAUAUGAAAACAUGCAUUUAGAACUGAUGAAGGAUAGUGGAAUUAUUUGAAUUAUUUAAUGAGCACUUACUAUGUGGCAAGCCCUGUGCUAAGCGCUUUAUUGAUGAAGAAAUUUUAUUACCCCCAUUUUAAAGAUGUAGAACCUGAGGCUCACAGAAGUUAAAUGGCUUGCCAGAAAACAUUUAUCUAAUAGAUAGAAAAGGGCAGAACUAGGAUAUAAACCUAGAUUUGGCUGACUGCAGAGCCCACACCCUUACCUAGAAUUGAAGUUAAGAUGAUCAAAGUUGUCUGCUUUUGGCUUAAAAUUCCAGCUUUUAGUGAUCUUUUAUUGAUACAGUAACAUUCAGUAAUUUGUACAAUAUUUUAAAAAUUAUUUUUGUUUGUCAGUUUCUAAGUAACUUGUAAGAUUUAAGUUAAUGUAUCAGUUAACGGUCCAUCAGAAAAUUAUAUUUUUCUGGAAGUCUGGAA